CUGGAAACGGACGCAAGCACCGCAACCUGCAGCCCGUCUGCGCGCAUAUACUGAUACAAUAUUACAGUGUACUAUCGUCGCCGCGAAGACGCGCGAAGCCGUGCCGUGCGGCCUACAUUUCCGCGGAACCGGACCACUCAGUUCGUGGAUGAAUACAGGUAAGGACGUUCACUAUAUUAUGCACCUAUUACACGCGUUGCGUAGCGAUUGGCGUUAGUGUUGUCGUUGGUAAUAAUAGCGACGAGUUGUCGGCGCGGGCCGAUACCGAGAGGAUAUCGGAACAUCGCCGGGGCGGCGGCGCGCUCAGGAAUUAUCGCCGUCGGGUCGCGGGACGUAUCGCAGAAAAUAAUGAUCGCGAACGAAUCUCCGUCGCCUUCUCCGUCCCCCUUCUUCUCGCGACCGCGAACGAAUUCGAAUCGCCGAUUUUUAAAUCGACGAAUCGAAAUUUUCCUUUUGGCCGAAAUCUAUACAUUUCAAGAUUGAAUGUUACUAAACGAAUACCCGUAGUUUUUUUAAAAAUAUUUCCGAGCCAGUGUGGGAGAUUUAACCCUUAACAUCCCUCUUGCGUACGUCACUUGCGAUCGUCGGUCUAAUUCGUGCUAGUCAGCUGUUUUCAUAGAAUAAUAAUUGCGAAAAUGGUCUUAAUCGACGGGUUAAUUGUUCUCUAUCCAUUAAUAAUGUAAUAAUUUUAAAUAUCGCAUUUUGGAGUUACGAAAGUCACGAGUUAUCGUCGGUUUAACUCGCAAUAAAAUCGGGAUGUCGGAUUUUUGUUUCAAAUUAAUAUUUAACCCGAUAAUUUCGAUAAAAAAAAAAAAAAUUCUGGAAUAUGAAUAAAAGCGUUUAAAAAAUCGGGUUUAUCGAUUGAUUUCUAUAUCGACUCGUGAUUUUCGAUUUAAAAUAUUGGAUUGGGACGGUUUAAUAUCUGUAGUAAACAUCAGAAUAUCGAAUAUCGGAAAAUAAUAUCAAUUUAUCAUUAGCAUUAUAAGUUUGAAAUUUAUUUUUAAAAUUCGUUAAAUUUCGCACCAUGGGUCAGCCACGGUUGUACGUAUUGGGUACUAGGGGGAAAUUCAGAAAAUGUGUUUAUCUUAGUAUGGUUGUAUACGAAAGCGAUAAUAAACUAUUGCGAUCGAAAAACGAUUCUGAGUGGAGCUCGGUAAACUGGUUAAAAUAUAAUAGGUAGGUACAAGUCAUGUUUUUUCUUCGCAGUAUCUGCGGUCGCCCGAAAACCGAUUGACGUAUAGCGUUGCUAUUGUUAUCAGUUUUAUUAUUAUUACGAUUAUUUUGUCUGUACUGUCGGGAAUCUGUACAAUAAAUACAAGUACACUGUCAGGCGGACAAUCCGUAUCUUUUAAAGGUAUGACGUGGAAAAAGCAGAGCAUUUUUACUAAUCGGAAAUGUAUUUUCCGAGAAAAAACCUUUCGAUUUCCGCAGUAAAAUCAAUACUCAAUUCGAUAAACUCAACAGAUUCUUAUACUCGAUGCGUGGACGUUAAAACGUAGAGUAAAUUUUUACGUCUUCAUAUUAAAAUUUUUUUUCAAUUAUCGGUUAAGUUAGGUUAGGGAAUCUGUGAUGGUAAUCGUAUCGAUCUUAUGAAAAACGCUAUUUGACUAUAUUAAAUCGAUAAUUAUCGUCGGUGAGAUGUAUUUUCCGGCGUCAGUUCAAUUGAAACGUUAUUUAUGUCAACUUUAUUUUAACGUGUUCAUUUUUUUCCAUAUGCAAAAAAAAUGUAUUCUAGGUGAUUACAAUAAUUUCGUAAAGCUCUAUAAAGCAUAAUUAAUUUCCAUAUCCAUUUAUUUGCCCCUUAUUUGAAUUUUUCCUGCGAUCGAGUAAUUCACUCUAGACCAGCGUUUUUUAACCAGGAAUGCGUGAAACCCUAGGGGUUCGCGAAAAAGUAUUAGGGGAUUCGAGGGAAUAAAAGCCUAAUAGUUGAAAAAAAGAAAUUUUUCUUAAAUAUCUUAUGUGAAAAUAUAUGAAAAGUUGAUAUUUAGGAGUUACUUAAGUAGUAGUGAGAGGUUAAGAGGUAGGCGAAUGAAAAAAGAAUCAAAUCAAUAUUUAUUCCGUUCAACAGAAAUACCUAACGGCUAACGUUUUCAAUAGGUAUCAAAAUAUUCGACGAAUUUAUUAUAAUACUUAUACUUUUUGCAGAUCAUUGAAUAUACUUAAGACGAACUUGCAUGUAAAAUCAACAAAAAUGUGUUGUACUCUCUUCGCUCUCGAUAAAUAAUACGAACUAAUCGUUGUAUGAAAAAGUUACAUUAUUUUUUUCGCGCUCUCAUGAGUAAUAUCAACAAAGGCCUAUGAAAUUAUAAAAGACCAACUUUUGCGCUGGUACAUUGGAGUAUACGAGAAGAAAGACUAAAACGCCAAAGAGCUUAACUAUAUUACGCAGUUUCUGUGUAUGAGUAAGCAACUAAAAUAAACGUUGGUACAGUAUUUUCAUUUUAUUUUAUGAAUACUCGAUAAAAACAAAAAAAAAAUAUCGAAAAAAUAAAAGAACAUAAAAAAAAAAUUUAACUUUGUGCAUUUAAAUAAGUUGUUUGUAUUUACUAUUACAGGUCUCGAUUUAAAAAAUUAACAUUAGGUAAAUGCGAGUACAACGAAUAAGGGGAAACAAGUAAAAGGGGAUGCUUUGUUCUCAUAUUUUGUCGUUAUGUUUGAUGUUAUAUAUAUAUAUAUAAAAAAAACUCUUACACUAGAAUUAAACGAAUAAAAUACGAUAUAUUAUGUAUACGAGUAUCAAAAUGAAUACAAUAAUCAAUGCGUUAAAUGAAAAACAAAAAAAAAAUUUCUCGAAAUUAAAACUAAAAUUACUAUGAUGGUAUUAUAAACGAAUUAGUUAUAUGUGUAUAACGUGUAAAAAAAAAAAAUGUAUAACUGUGAUGGGAUUAAUACAAACGAUAUUAACCAUCCACCUCACCAAAUAAUAAAAAAAAAAAAUAGUAAAAAAAGUUUAAACAUUUUAUCAAAUUGGUGUCUCGUGACGAUUGUAUGUAUCAUAAUAUUAUCGAAGACUUAUCGGUGUUAAGGGUGUUUUCUUAGAUUUUAAUUUUGGCUAAAUGUUGUCGGUCCACCGACUCGAAUGUGCCGUAAAAGAGAAUCGAGGGCGUCAUCUGAGGUAUUAUGCGGUAUUAUAUGUAUAUCAUGAGCCUUCGAACAAUACACCCGUCAUUACAAAUAAUAUAGAAAAUGUCUCAUUUAUUUUUUUUAUAAAAUAAAUGUAUUUACUGAUUCGCGCAUAAAGAAUUCUAUAUAUAUAAUGAACGGCCGAAAUUCCAAUAAAAAGAAUCAAAUCUUCUUGGUUAUUAUAUUUAUUAUUAAAAUUUUACGCCUAGAAAAUACCGAUACAUGUAUAAGGUGUAAACAUUCCAGGGUUUCUAUAGUUGUUUUUCACCGAAUAGAAUCAAAAAUAACGAAAUCGUCAUUGCCGUAAACUUUCCCGUUUUCGUACCUAUUUUUCCGGCGUUUCCCAAACUGCAAAGAAAAUAAUGGCCUCUUUAAUACACUAACUAUAUAAAUACGAUUUUCUUUUAUAAAGUAAUGUUGCACUCGAAAAUCGGAGCAUCACUUCAGAUUUAAAAGUUGUUUGCAGACAAAAAAACACCCACAUUUCAUAGCAAAACCAACACAUUCCUAGCUUUUUGCGUUCGCCCUUGAACAUAUUGUUUUAAGAUACAUAGUUUCGGAAAUAAUAGGUACUAUAAUUUCAUAAUAGUUACUAGGGUCGGGAAACCACUAAACUUUUUUAUUGUGUAUAUCGGUUGUACUUAAAUUGGUUUGUUCCUAAAUUAAAUUGGCAUCUCAUCAUAAAUCGCGGUGUCAUACCUAAAUAAAAUAUAUAGAUGCUUGUUACGGUAUUGAAGACCAUUUGCGAUAAAAAGUGCACGGUAUAUUCAAUUGUCUUUGUUCGCAUAAAUUCGAGUAAAGCGUAUUCCGCCCGGGCACUCUCGUACUAUGUCAAUGUAGGAAAAAAUCGGUGUACUAAAGAUUAUCAUUUUUACAAAAAUAACAAAAAAAAAAUGCUCAAAAUAUUCGGUCGAUUUCCUUCUAUGAUUGUAGCAUAUUUACAUAAUAUACAUUAUAUAUUACAUUACUACAUUAUUAUUUACAUAAUACACGCUGUGUAAAUGUACACGUAUGGGUAGUAUUCAUCGGAUAAUGUAUACAUUAUCGGUUUUUUGUAAAUAUAAAUUAUUUUUAUUAACAAUUAUUAUUUACUGACACACUAAAUAGGCAUCAAAAAAUGACUUGUUUCAUUCGACGUCCAUCCGAUUAACAUUAUCGCACUUUCGCGCUUUGAAAUUUUCCCCUCCAACGGGGAUAUCAUUAAUGACCUCGCAAAUUUUCGAUUGAUUCCCGUAAUAAAACUACCCGUACUAGUAGACGUAUAUUGAACUCAAACAGUCAGUUCUCGGUUUACAUCAUGCAUACUAGCACACUAAACCGGUCAAUGGGGUCAAAUUCCCACUGUACACAAUUGGAUAAAUAACAAAAUUACGAAAAGUUGAAAUCUCUGAUGAACGUUGGACAAGGGAGUCAAUAUCUACAACAAAAAUCGUAACCGAGAGAUACAUUCGCGUUUAAAUUCAGUCCAAACGACGAAAAGUGAGUGCUAGUAUUUCUAGUGGUAGAAGGUCUGAUGAUAAACAACCAUAGACAGGACAGACGCUAAAACCGCUUCAGAUUUUGUACAGAGGAAUUCAGCUGAGAAACUGAAGGAAGGAAUAACUGAGGAAGUUAGGGAGGUAGGAUACAGAUGGGAAUUUAAUGUUUAUCUGUAAGUAAUGAUAAACCGUUGCUAACGAAAAAACGAUUUUGAGGAGAGUUCAGUUGAUAGUGUUACUUUGUCAACAAUAUCAUAUAUGCUAUAUUAUGGUAAAUUAAUAACAUAGGUAUUCUUUAAUAAUAUUUAUUUAAUAUUAUACCUAUUUUAUCGUUUAUCUCGGGUUUUCCAAUUUAUUGGGUGAAACUCCAGGGAAAAAUCAAAAAAUUACAUUAAAAAACAUUAAACCCUUUUAAAACCCUAUAAGUCAUAUUAACCUUAUACAACUUAUUACAUACAACAAGGGCCUACCCAUCGUGUGAAUGCAUGUCUGUAUUUUUUGUCAUUAUUUUAGACUCUGAGCGAAGCGAAGGAUAUAUUAGUUUAAAAUGAUGUUUACUUUAAACAUUUUUUUUUUAUGUAAACACUUUCUACCAGAAAGCUUACUCUGGUUAUCAAGUAUAGCAUUUUUCCUGAAAGUAAAUGUUCCCUGAGUGGUACUUUAAAAAAAUUAAGUUUUGGCAUCCCCAUUUAUAUUCGAGAUAAUGAGGAAAACCUGGUUCUUUAAGUUAAAAAUUAUUAAAACAUUAAAAAACGGUUUUCAUUGGCAACUGUUUUUAUUAAUUUUUUUUAUUAUUAUUAAGUUUUUAUUAUUUUUAUCUUUUUUAAACAAUCGUUGUCGCGGAAACGCACAUUUUUGUAAUUAUUUUACUAUAAUAUGACACCUAUUCAGAAUAGUUUUCUUAUUAGAAAUAAUUUAUUAUUGCAUUAAAUUCCUACAUGCAUCCUUCCUUCCCAAGUUCCCACCUAGAAAAGUUAUGUAUUAUUUAUAAAUAAUAAUAAUAAAUAUGAGAAGUAAUGGACAUUUUAAUAAUAUUUACAAUCAAUAAUAAUAAUCGUCACACUAAUAACAACCAUAAAUAAUAAUAAUAUAAGCCAUUAAUAUAUAUCAUAAUCAGCAUUUUAAUAAGUAUAAUAGGUAAUAAUAAGCCUAAUGAUCAAUUGAAUAAUAAUAAUAAUGAGCAUUUAAAUAAUGAUAACCGAAUCAGCAUAGUUAUAACAACUAUCAAUCAUAAUAAUAACCAUGAACAAAUAUUAUAAUCAUAAUUUUGAUAAGGGGAAUACGCAUACAAAUAAUAACAAUCAUGACCACUUUAUAUAUCAUAUUUAUAAUCAUCAAUAAUAAUAAUCAGCAUAUUAUAAAUUAUAAGCAAACUGAUACUAAUAAUGAUCAUUUUAAUAAUAAUAAUCAAAUCAGCAUCGUAAUAAUGAUAAAAACUUUUAACAAUAUUAAUCAUCAAUAAUAAUAAUCAGUAUUUUAAAAAAGCUGUACCAGGAUAAUAGGGGCGGGUGCAGUCAUUGUUGUAGGUGAUAAUUUAGGAAGGUGGGAUAUAGAAGAUAAUUGAAUGUAUAUCUGUAAGCAACGAUACACCAUUGCUAAAGUAAAAAUGAUUCUAAGCGUAGUUCAGUUGAUAGUGAUGCUUUGUCAACAAUAUAAAUGUGCCAUUUUAUGGUAAAGUAAUUAAAUAUGUAUUAUAGAUUUGCUUUAAUUAUAUUUGUUUUUUAUUGUAUCUAUUUUCCCGUUUUUCCCGGUUUUUCAUAUUUGUUUGGAAAAUUUUUAGGAAAUCCGAAAAAUAACUUCCUUAAAGUAUCUUCCCAGGAAGAUUUCCUUUCAGAAAAAAUUCUAUAAUUGUAAAUCAUACUAAUAUUACUGGUAGAAAAGUUGUUCACAGAUAAAAAAAAAAAAAAAUGUAUAACACCUUUGGAAAACUAUAAUUCACCGCUCUACUCAGAAUCUAAAAUAAUUAAAUUUAAUUAAGGUAAAUUUUUAAUUAUGUAAUUUCAAUAUAAAUUUUCUCCGAUUGUAAAAUAUGAGCAUAUAUUAAUACAUACAUAAAUAUAAUAUAAAUAUAAUUAUAUGUACAAAGAUAAAUUUAAUUGAAGAUCUCGCAGAUCGUAACGAGGAAUGUAUUGGUUCAUCUACUAAUAUGUGUGAUCUUUUUUUUAGAUUCUGAGUGGAGCAAGUAUUCGUAUUAACAUGAUUUUUAUUUUAUUAUUUUUUUGAAUUGUUUGUAGCUUUUUGAAAUUUUCACUGGGAUGUGAUUACAAUGGCCAUUAGAAAUGUUAGGCAUAGAAUUUUUGGACGAAAGAAAAAAACGUUAAAUUAAAAAAAGAAAUUAUAAUAGUUUAAGUAAUCACAAUGUUUUCAAAUAAAUGAGUGCAAAAUAAAAUAAUUUAUAAUAAUUAUUAGUCGUUGACUAUACAUUUUGUCAUAUCACAUUUACGCAAUUAAAACUUAAAUAAUACACAAUAAGCACUGAAAAUUAUUCCACUCUCAGCAGAGAAAAAUAUUCAUCUCAAUUCUUAUUUUAAUUUAUACAUUAAAAAAAAAAAAAAACCAUAAUAUGCGAUCACAGAAUUGUGUGUUAAAAUCAUAAACGGUUUUAUUCCUGUUUACGGUUUCAUAUCGAACGUUUUGUUGUCGUGUCCGGUUUUUUCUUCGGUUUUGAUUUCGGCCCAAGGUUGUCGUUUUCCCGAAGCGAAUAUACCGUAGAAUACCGAGCCGAGCAAAUAGAUACCGCUGGAAAUUAAAAACACCCACUGCCAUUCUUCUGCGCUCUAUAAUCGAAAGAGUUUUUAAAGUUUUCAAUUUUGAAAUGAUAAUAUUUUUUUAUCUGCAGUAAUCGUUUUAAUCACGGCGGACACUCACUUUAUGUUUUACGAUAACACCGGCCAACAUGGGACUUAUAAUUCCGGGUAUUGUCGCAAACGUGUUGGAAAUUCCUAACAAAAUGCUGGCAUAUUGGGGCGCAAUGUCCAAAGGGUUAAUACUGGUGAAAAUAAAUAAAUACCAGUUAGACAUUUUCGAACUCAUUAUUUUUUUUGCAAACUGCCGUAUAAUGAUUUUUCACCUGAAUCCGGCCCAAGCGAAUGCUCCGAGUCCUACGGCCAGCGUCAAACAAACUAUGGAUUGUGUUGGGGUCGUGGAAUUGGCCGCCGAGUACAUGAACACGGUCUGGCUAACGAAAGCGCCGCAUGUGCAAAGUUUUCUGACCUAUAACAUUGUAAAGUAAAUUUGAAAGAAUCCGAAUUUGCACAAAGCACUUUAGAUAUCCAUGGGUAGGUUAAAUCCACGAGUAGGUGUAAUCCACACCUUUGUAGUAGAGAGUAUUUCGUUUUUUCUAAUCCAGUCGACGAAGAAACCGGUGACCUGGAGAAUAAUUGACAUGACCAAGUACGGCAGAGCCGACAAUAAACUUCCUUUUCCUAUGUCGAACUUUAACACGUCUAAUAAUGGAAAUGCGAACGAUAUCAUAAACAGCGAUCAUAAAAACUCCAUAUUUACUGUUUUACCAUUCAUGUAGCUCGGUAAUUGUGUAAGUAACGUGUAGAAUCCCCAGUUCUCGCAAAAAUGAGCGCACGUUAUCGACCAUACGGGCAUUGACGUGAAUAUAUCUUUCCAUGGAUAGUUGGAAAAACUGACUGCGCCAAAUAAACAAAAAAUUAUAAAAUAAAUAAAUCUCUUUAGUUUUUUCAUAAAUCCCUGAUCACUACGUUAUAACGACACUUGAGAAAACAUUAGUAUUUGGGCAAUUCGAGGUGAGCUUAUAAAUUUCAUCUUUUAAAAUAAGUAAAGAUCAAAAUCACUGAAAGUAAACGCGUUAAUAUACUACUCAUAUAUCGAUAAAGUUAUGUUUUUUUUUCUUAAAAAGUUAACGAUUUUUGGUUUUGCCAAAGUUCUUUUUGGCAAUCAAAAUGCCCCCCGAGUGUCGGGUUUAUACGAACUAAUACCGAAUAACCGCAUUACUAUACUUUGUCGCUCGUCAAUGGGUCCAAUCGAGUUGACAAUGUACUCGAGCUCUUCUUUGGUAAUGUGUUUGUCUUCGGUCGGUGAUUCGGUAAUGGAAAGCAACCAAACGGUGCACCAUAUUAUCGCGACAAAUCCUGAAAGAGAAUAACACAAAAUCAAGAUAAGGUGCAAGACAGUGUAUGUUGUGAAGUUUUUUGAUUUUCGACAAACGAAUAUUAUAUUAUUGUAUAGUUAUCUGGAACGCGUCUCUUGGCCCCUCAACGACCAUUGGUAAAUGCUCAAUUUUUCUUAUCUCAUCAAUAUCUCUAUAUUCUCCAAUUAUUCGGCUUAUGUGCACCAUCAACCUCAAUCCCUCAUUCUCAUUUUGCCACUAACAAAAUUUUUUAUUCUUUUUUUUUCAUAAAUUAUGGGUUAAUUACUACCUACUUUACCUACUAGCAUAAAACACACUUGUUCAUCAUUAUUUGUACUUUAUAUUGUUUGGGCUUUGGCUUGUAUUGUUGAUAAAUAAAUAAACAAUUCACGCACCUGGUACGUAAAACGUGGAAGGCCAACCGUAAUUUUCGGCCAACCAACCGCACAUCGGAUAUCCGAUCACCGUGCCCACAAAACUGCCCGAGAAAGCGAACCCCCCCAGACGGGUACGUUCUGUGGGCGGAGCCCAUCUUGACCAUACGGCAUGUAUGCCCGGAUAAACGACUCCCUAAGUAGAGAACAAAAACUGUAAGACAUUAUUUUUAUUAUAAAAUUAAAUAUUAGAGCAUCAUAAAUAAUAUGCGAACCUCGAAUACGCCUUCGAUUACUCUGAGGAAAAUUACCAGAUAAACCGAAUAUCUGGCGGCAGCAGGUGUAAGGAUGGUCAGUAUUGCGGUACACAAAACGCCGUAACCGAUCAGUUUCACGCCUCCAAUUUUGGAGCCCAACAGACCGCCGAUCAGUUGUGUGGAUAUGUAUCCGUAAAAGAACGAACUCAAGAUAGCGCCUCGGAGUUCUGGUCCCCAGUCGAAUUCGCUCGCCUGUUUUGGGAAAAAGAACUCGUUACGAAAUAUUUGUAGAAAACAAUUCUCUUCAAAGAUAAUAACUGACACCGUUUUAAUAUCGAAUAGUUACGGAUGUUUUAAACAAACAGUUUGGGAAGGAGAUGGACAAUUUGCUAGUUACUGGUGAAACUAAUAAUAAUCCACAAUGUUCGAUAACUUAAUGAAUAUAAAUUCGAUUAAUUGAUAACAAAUUAAGAAGUAAACACGUUAAAAGUUAAUUUGAAAAUGUAAUUGAUUAUAAAGUUAGUUUAAUUUUUUUGUAAAAUUAUUAAAAUCAUAAGGCAUGCUAUGGCAAAUUACGUUAUUGGCUUUACUAUGAUGUGUUUUUUUUUUUGUUAGUUGACAACAUUUAUUCCAGAAUAAUUAAUAUUGUCUCAAGUGUAGUAUUUUUUCGAUAACAAUUUGUAUUUAGUUAGUUUAUCGGAGAGGCAAUUUUUCUGAUUAUUUUCUUAAUAAUCGGGAAAUACGUAGAAGAAACAGGAAAAUUUAUGGCAAUUACCUUUUUGUCAUUUUCGAUUUUUUGUUUGUUAUAAUUUCGUUAAAUAUCAUCACCCUAAAAGUCCUACGGGAUACUUAUAUUAGCAUUAUAUAGACGCGGUCAAAUUUUCAAAAUAAUUUGGCGAUUUGUGAGCUAUUUAUAGCUAUUUAUAUUUAUUUAUUUGAAACUGUUAAGGUUUUUAAAUUUUUUUAAAUUCGGUUUUAUACGGAUACAAUUGUGUUGGCUAAGUUGAAAUCCUUGAAAAUGUUAUACGAUGUUUAUCAGAAGACGUGCUUAGAAGUAAAAAGAAAGUUAAGUGUGAUGUAGCAGUGUUUUGUUUAUAAGCUUUUAAGUUCAAAUUUAGACGAAAGUCGUGAAAAUCACGGAAUUUCAAAAUUUUUUAGCCGAAUUUCGCUCAGAAUCGUUUUUUGUUUGCAACAAUUUGUUGCGUACAGAUAUUAAUUAAUUAACUGUGUGCAUUGUACCUUCUCAACUCUCCACUUACCACAGUGGCACACUCGUCAGCAAUAUUAACCAUUUUUUAUUUUAGUUAAAAUUAAAACGGUUAUUAUUAAGAAACUAUUGAUCGGAUAUGAAUGCACGAUACAUUUAAAUGUUUCGAAUAAUAUUUUCUAAAAAAUGGUUAUUUUGAAAAUUUUAAAAAGUGGAAAAAAAAAGUAAUUUUUUUCAGUGAUUGAGAGAUGAAAAUAAAAAUGAAUAUUGUGAGAGGUAUUGGCGUUCGGAUAACAGUUUAGGACACCUUGUAUUCGUGUCAGGCAGGCAUGUCAAACACGCGGCCCACGGCUACCAAUAUUAACGGGCAGAAUGAAAAAAAUUAUUAAAAUAUAUAAAUUUCGUGUCACGACAUCUUAGAGAACGGUAUAUUUUUCGUAUACAUUAUUAUAGUGUGUUAUCUUCUAAUACAUUUUAACCGAAAAAGUAUUAUAUUUAUAGACUAAUAAUUAACUGAUGAUAUCAUCGGUACGUGACACACCAUGCCUUUUCCAUUGUCAACGUCUAAUCUCCGUGUGGUUAUUUAACAAUAAAUAUUAUUAAAAAUAUUUCCAAAUAAUUAAAUUGUACUUGUGUCCGUAAAGAAUAAAAUUGAAAAAUUCGUAUAAAAUGUAUUUUUUCGGUAAAUAUUUACGUGCUGCUCGCAUACCGUAAACUAUUUAACAUGUUAUUUGGCUCGCUUGAUACUUUGAGACUGAUAUGCCUGGUGUAAGGAGUAGGGGUGAAAAUUCGGAAACACCGUUGAAACAAAGUCCAAACGUUUACAUACACAGGUAAUGAUUGAAAAUCCGGAAAUCGAAUUCGCUUAAAACCUUUCCGAGAUGAUUAGCGAUAAAUUAAGUAUUAUUAAACUUUGACUUAUACUAACGAAAUGAAUAAUUUUAUCUAAAGAAUUUGUUUUUUUAUUUUAUGUAUGGUAGCAAUACGACUCGUCGAAAAAUAAUAAAGUACAAACAUAAUUAUUAAAGUGGUUAACACUCGUAAAUAAAUAUAUAAAUAAAAAAUGUAUAUAUAAAAAUAAAAGAAAUAAAUUAAUGAAUGUGUUGCCUGAAGUAUUAUGAUAAGUGUAAUAUACUACCGGGUUCGAAUAAAAAUUCAUCAUCAGGUAUAUCACAGUCAAAAUGUAAAACGCGACUCGACGUGAGUUGAUUGAUCAAUUUACCCGAUGAUGGAUUUUCAAUUCGAAACCGGUCGUACAAUACACUUGUCAUAAUACUCCAGACGACGCAUUCAUUCAUCUAUAUAUUUUAUUUGAAAAAUAAUAAUUUUUACAUUUUAUGAAAAAAAAAAAAAAAAAAUGUUAUUCGGUGUGUACAACGAAUUUACAUACCUACACUCGGUAAAUGGAAACGUCGUACUAUGACGAUUACGUUAUCCAUCGUAAACUGUAAAUUAUUUUUUAAAUAUUUAUCGAGUUCGAACAUUUAUAACGCAAUCGCCGCGUGUCGAUUUCCAAACGUUCUUGUCGACUUUCGUUUUUGUACACGCUUACAGGCGAAGACAGAAUAUAAAACAAAUUAUUAUAAUUUGUAUAAAUAUUAUAUUAAGCGGGUUCGUAUUUUUAUUUUUAUUUUUUUCCCCCGGUAGCAGCAGACCGGUAAUCGUAUCGGUACACGAUUGGGUAUUGAAAGUAUACAAUAAUUAUUGUCGUUCAUUAAUGUCGCGUACAAUUAGCGGUGCGCUGCAUAAUGCAUAAUAUCAUACGCGCGCAGCGUGCAGUGUUUUUUGGUGCACGAGUUUUCUGAACACACUGACCUCAUAAAAAUGUAUAAUAACAACACAUAGAAUCGCAUUCCAUUAUUUUACUUUCAUUUCUCGAGGCGCUGCGCUCGCGGUGUGCGUUACAAACGGUCUUUUUCACGUUUCGUUACUUUGAAACGUUUUCCUUUAUCCGCCCGAAUCAAAAACAGCGGCCCGGUCGACGUUCGGUUGCCGUACCCCCGGUCCGAUAAAACGAUUCGCGCGUUUUCGAACGUGUUUGAUUUGCAAUACGGAAAAAAAAAAAAAAACAAAACACCCGUAAACCGUUUCCGGGCGUACGAGGUUAUACGAGAGGCGAAAAAUAUGACAAUACCGCAAAUAUAAUUGGAUCGGACUUACUCUGGUUUCCGUGGACGAAGUCAUGGCUACGAUUCCGACGCUCAGAUUCACCCGGAGCGAGUAAACGUUGAAAAAACCCAAAAACGCCAACAACCCGACUAGGUUCCGGCGCUGUUUCCAGAACGGCGGUUGCCCGCCGCUGUCGACAACAAAAUAACAACAUCGUUAUCAAUGCGAAUAAAAUAAAAAUAUUUAUAAUACAAGCAACUGCAAUAUUACCUCGUCGGGUUCUCGCCGUUUUCGGGUGGCCGGUCCAUGGCGAACUGAACGCGUCGGUCCUGGCUGAUCGAGAGCGGCGUGCACGCGAACGACCGGUUCACCGUGUAGUAUAGAGAACGUAUCUACAGAGUGAUCACAACAUCACGUGUAAUACAUCCGGUAAUUGUUGACUUUUCCGCGUCGGGAAAUUUACAAAAACAAACGAUGUUUCUGAAAUGUCACGUCGCCCUUAAUUUUUCGUCUCUCAUAUUUCCGAGGGGCCGUGAAAUCGCCAUCGUUUCGAUUUUCGAACGACAACCUAUACAUUAAAAAUUCCAUUAACGGUUCGGACUUUUAAAUAGAAAUUUCGGUGUCGAAAUCGUACAGUUUUCUUCGAGCCAGCCGCUGACGAGAUAUCAUACGCUUUUAUAUUGUGCUUGUCGCGGAGCGAUACAUUUAAACGCCGCGUUCCGCACAAAUGACACACUCCGUAUACUUAUUCACUUCUCAUGACGGUAAACGACACAAUAUCGGUUAUUUUAUCUGGCGUCCGAUAUUCGAAAAUAAAGAGUUAUAGAGUCGUACCGCAUCGGCAUUACGUGUUAAUAAUAUCGUUAUCUACGCGGCUACACGUGUGAAAAUCAGAUUUUGUAUACGAUUUUUUGAUUUAUUUAUUUUUUUUUUUCAUCACCUAUCCCCGCCCGAUUAUUAUCGGCGUAGAGCUUUCGGUAAUCGACGGUUCUCGUCAUAAUACUGGCACAGCUAUUAAAAUCUUUGAAGUCUGUUUGUCGCCACGUCGCGUCGUCACUAGCGUCACUUUAUUGCUACCGCGCUAUAAUCCUCCGUCAUGGCCGCCGUUCGAAUCAACAUGUGGUCAGUUCGUCGAGUCGAUAUCACGUUCGACGUACACCGUAGAACGGAGACAUUGUUUUUGUACUGGCAAUGUCGUUGAAGACUGUUAUUAUUACUAUUAUUAUUGGACCGAUUAACCACAAAUUAUCUUUAGGAAAAGUUUUUUUUUAUUAUUAUAUUUACAGCGUAUCCGUAGACGUUUUUUAAAUUCUAUAUCCAAGUGUACGGGGGGGGAGGCAGUUAUUUUAAAUCUUUUAUAGGUACCUUCGAAAGCACAAUAGUUAUUACGUGUAACCGAAUAUUAAAAAAAAAAAAAAUAAAUAAUCUAACCUAACCGCCGCCCGUAACGCACUUGUCUUACGAUUUUUAUUCGAAAUCAAAUAAUAUUGUUAUACUUUAUUACUUUACAAUUAUUCGAAUACUUGUUGAAAAUCCGUUCGAAUAAAACCGCAGAUUAAAACGACAACGGUUUAGCGACGUUGGCAACGGGCCUAUAGUUUUAGCGUGGGUAUACAGAGUGUGACGGAGUCACUCGCCUUUCAUAUUAUAGGCGUUUGCGGACGAUAAAAUACGAUUUGAUCGAUCUGCUAUCAGAUUUUUCGGACAAACAAUAUUAUUAAGUACUUACUUUUGUAAUAUAACAUUGUAAUUUGUUUGUGGCUUUCAAACAUUUGGUAGAUUUUGAGUAUACGGACAGAACAAAUAUAGCAGAACAAAUUAUAACAAAUUUCCGUUGCGAAGGGAUGACGUGUGCAGGAAAUUAAACAACGAUAGUUUCCCUAAGAACGUAUUAUUACGUGAGGUGGAAACUGAGUGUCAUUGUUCCCAAAAUACACAUUUGAACAUUUCGAUGUAGAACAUUAGAAUUACAAACUAUUAUACUUAUAAUUCAUAAUAUUUUUCGGAUCAUAAAUCAUUAAUUACAAUUACUUGUUGAUGUAAAUAAAUAAACCAGGACUUAUCAGUCAAAAAUAAAAUCGGUAUUAUGUUUUUAGGUCUACCAUAAGAUUUUAAUAUGUGUUUUUCCAAAAUAUGGACAUUUUUUUUUUGUCCCACUUUAAUUUCCGUUAUCGUUCUUACUGCUUCCGAUUCCCAUUUCCUUGUAACAUACUCAAAUAGUCUCGGUUUAUUUUCUCUCAUUUUGCUUAAGCACAAAUUGCUUAUGGAAAUGUGUUUUAAAUAUUUCAAAAUACCAAAUAGCGAGAUUAAAAUAUGAUAGAAAAUAUUUAGAAUCUUGAGAUAAACUUAAAAAAUGUGAUUUGUUUAGAAUAGACAAAAAGAGAAAAUAUGUAAAUAAAUAAUAAAAUAAAAACAAAAUGAUUAAAUGAUAAUACUUGUAAAUAAAUAUAUAAAUAAAUAAAUAAUUAAAAAAAUUAAUGCUUCGUCUAGAGUGUUACGAUUUGUAUAUUAUACGACCGGUUUCGAAUUAAAAACUCAUUGUCAGGUAAAAUCACUAAGUCAAAAAGUAAAAUGCGACUGAAUAUGAAGAAACAAAUGAAGGGAUACACAGAGAGAAAAUAAAAAAAUUAUAAAAUUAAUCGUUUUACAUAGAAAUAAUUUAUUUUAAUAGGAAAGAUUAUUUAAAAUGAAUUGUUAUUAGACAUAAAUAUAAAAUAAUUGGUUAUUAUUUAUUAUCUAAAAUGUAUUGAUAUUAGAUAUCAUUUUUAAAAUCAGUUUGUUCAUUUAAAAUAUUAUCACAAUUAUUUUUCUUUAUUUCAUUGUGUAUGUGUAUUUCUUCUAAAACUGAAUUAAUGUAAACGCUAUUUUUGGUAUUUAAUAUUUCUAAGCCUAUAUUAAUAUCAAAACUCAAUUUAUAGUUAUUUUCUAAAACAUAUUUAGCGAAAUUUGAAUUAGGGGUAGUCGUUUUUAAUUUUAUAUCAGAAAUGUGUUCUUUUUAUCUUAUUUUAAAAUUUCUAUUUGUCUUACCUAUAUAAAAUCUAUUACAGUUACAUUUAAGUUUAUAAAUAUCCAAAAUAACAUUUACAUUGAUUCAGUUUUAGAAGAAUUAUGCAUACGCAAUGAAAUAAAGAAAAAUAAUUGUGAUAAUAUUUUAAAUGAACAAACUGAUUUUAAAAAUGAUAUCUAAUAUCAAUACAUUUUAGAUAAUAAAUAAUAACCAAAUAGUUUAUAUUUAUGUCUAAUAACAACUCAUUUUAAAUAAUCUCUCCUAUUAAAAUAAAUUAUUUCUAUGUAAAACGACUAAUUUUAUAAUUUUUUUCGUUAUGUAUUCCUUCGUUUAUUUCCUCAUAUUCAGUCGCGAUUUUACUUUUUGAUAUUGGAAUUUUACCCGACGAUGAAUUUUUUAUUCUAAACCGGUCACACAUCACGGUACACAUCAUAAUACUCUAGGUGACGAAUUCAUUUAUUUAUAUAUUUAAAAAAUAUGUAUUUUAGUUGGUUUUGUGUAGGAAAUGAUAAUAAUUGAUAAUUUAAUAAAUAUUUGUAUAAAAACACUUUUAUACUUUUAAUCUUAAUAUUAUUGCGUAAUGACCCGAACAAAUAGCGGUUUAAUAUUAAUCCGUUUAAUUUACGAGAAAAUCGAAUAUCCAUGCAGGGACGGAUUCAAGGGGGGUCUAGGGACCAAGCUCCUCCAGAUAUAUUAUUUCUCCGAUUUUUUUUUUAAUUCUAUAGAUCCUUAUAUUACUAUAUUCCAAUCACUGAUACGUAUGAGAAAAUAAUAUAUAUUAUAUUGUAUUUUAAUUGUAUUUAUGUUGCAAAAAAAUUGUUGGCUCACCCCCACAUCUUUGUUCAGGAUCCGUGCAUGGAUCCUAGUGUGACGAAUAAUGUUACUAGAAAAAAAAAAUCACCUAAACCAAAAAGACAACGCACAAUAUCGUUACUCUAUCGUUAAUAGCAUCAUUAUUUUUAUUAUUAUCAGUAUCGCGAUCGUCCAAUAUCAUAGGUAUGUACGUUAUGUUUCGCAUACGAGCACCUGAUAUUAUAACGGUACACAAAAUACAAUCCUCCUGACACCUGUGGCGCGCCUUAAACUAUAAAAGUGUAAUGUAACCGUUGUCCUCGAUACACGACACAGUUCGUUUCGACUGCAGUAACAUUAUAACGUCCGAAGUUCUACACUGUGCAGGCACUCAAAGUUCAAAAUACCUAUAAUACCUGUAGUCGAGGCUGGACACUAAAGAGUCACACGAGUUACAUUCGAUUCGUCUUUUAGCAAGUCAACUGCCGUAGUUAUUUAAUAGGUCUAAUACAGUAUCGACAAUGAAACUCAGUGACAAAGAUUAUACAAAAAAUAAAAUAAAAUGGUCCUUCGAAGCCAAAUCAGCCUAACGCUAUGUGUACCAGUAUUGGUACUCAAAGCAUAUGAAAUGAACGAGUUAAAAAUAUUUAUACUUAUUAUGCUUAGGGUACUGACCGUGAGUACCAGAUGUGGUAGGUACUCAAGGCGCAGUAAACUUAUUAAACUUUUAAAUUUUACUUUUGAUAUAUUACAAGCCGUCGAAAAUUCGAGUUAACAAAAACAAAAUUUAAAGGUUUAAUAAGUUCCAAUUUGUAUUUUAAAUAAACGGUUUAAAAAGGUAGUUAAAAAAAGUGAAGAGUUGCUAUUUUUAAAAGACGUAUAAAAAUGUUUGAGACGAAAAUAUUGAAAACGGAGUUCUCAGCGCGAUCUGUGGGAAAUUUUUCACUUUCCAACAAAAAAAUAAUCAUCGAUGUCCACAGACACGAAAGUUUUUCCCAUAAGGCACGAUUUCGCGUCAAAAACAGUAUAAAUCCCAUAACACAACAUUACAUUUACAAUUUAUAUACCCUUUCAACAGUUUAAUUUUUCGUUUUUUACUCACUAAUGUAUGGAGUUCCGGGUUCAAACUAAGUAUGAUUUGAUAUUUCCUGUAGAAUAAACACGAGGGGGGGGAGGGCGGUUGAUUAUUCUUAUUAAGUAUACCCGAAGAACCUUAGGUUUAAGGUCUGAUCAUGUUUCACUGUGAUAAUAACAAGGAAAAUCAAGUAAUUCAAGUCAAUAAUACGACGUUAAACAUUUUUUAGUGAAAUUACUAUCGAUAAUAUCGCCGACGUUUAUUAUCUCAUUUCGAAAUCCGAAGAGCGACAUUAUAUUUUUUAGUGUGCUGCGUUGUGAACAAAUAAACUUCGCGAGCGACGAAGUUCGUUAAAUCGUCCGAAUCGUUACGGGAGUACGUAAAUAUUGUUUGUUCCUGUGGGUCGCCUCCCCGCGCGCAAUUACUGUUAUUAUUGCACCGAGGGGUCGCCUCGGGUAAUUGAAUACACCACGACGAUAAUAUAAGCGACUUGGCGGUGAAUUCGUUUGGUUUUUUUUAUUAUUAUUUUUUAUUUAUUGGCCCGACAGAUUUUCGAACGUCUAAAAUCACAAAAAAAAACGGUAGGGUAGCCAAGAGAGGCUGACAAUUAUUUUUCUACCUUAAUUUUCAAUAUUACGUAUACGUAUCGAAUUCUUUUCGUGCUCCACGCAAAUCACGUUUGUUUCGAAAACGGUCUUGCCUUUUGUGUUGUAUUAUUUUGAAAAUAUCCACAAUUUCGAACUCUGUGGUGAUUGGUCGAUUUUAAAAGCCGAUUAAAACCUCACGAGUUUUAAAUUACCCAAGCGUAAAACCAAAGCCAAACCUAACAUAAACUAGCCGAACCUAACCGAACGAAUUAUAAACGCGGUACAUUAUACUCGAGUGUCGUUAUGAUUUCAGAUUACAACCGGUUCGGCAGAAUGACAAUGGACGUCCACCAUCACCGGAACGUGACGGCCGCGUCGUCGUCACCGCCCGCGCGGUAUUCGUCGCCGCCCGCGCGGUACUCGCCGCCGGCGGCGGUUACGGACAUGGCGGAUCAGGUGACGUCUUUGCCGGCCGUCGCGCUACACCACCAGCGGCCGCAAAAGCGCAGUUUCGACGUGGCGUUCCUGAUGGCGCCGGACGAUCUGAGCAAGCGGAGACCGCGGCCUCAGCAACCCAUACUGCAACCCACACUGCAGUCGGUCGCGCGGUCGGCAUUCACGAAAGUGUCGCCGGACCCGCCGGCCCUGUCACCGUCAUCGUCGCCGGCCACGCCGCCGCCUAUCGAGUUUAGCGCUUAUCUUCAGCAUCAGCAACAGCAGCACCAUCAACAGCAUCAGCAUCACCUGCAGCACCAACAGGAGUGCAGUCUCAGCCCGCCCCUGCCGGCGGCCGCGACACAUUUUAUGUCGCCGUUCCCGUUGGGUUUCCGGUCACCGUUCGCUAUGAUGAUGCCGUCCCGGCCACAGCUGAUUGCCGCGGCCGGUUGCAAAGAGUACCCGUCACCGUCACUGCAGUCACACCAACAACAUCAUCCCUAUCCUCAUCACCCCCAACACCAACAACAGCAACAGCAGCAACAACAGCAGCAGCAGCAGCAACAACAACAGCAACCGCCGCCACCACCGCUACCGUCGCCGUCACCACUUCAGUUUGGUCCGGCGGCCGCAGCGGCCGCUGCUGUAGCCGCGUUGCCCGCCAUGCUGUUGCCCGCCUCCAUCGCCGCGGCCGCUCUUACAUUGCCGUCGCAGAACGUGUGCGCCAAGUGCAACGUCAGCUUUCGUAUGACCUCCGACUUGGUGUAUCACAUGCGGUCGCACCACAAGGGUGACAGUAGCAGUGCCGGCGGCGGCGGCGGUGCGGGAGGUACGGGCGGCGGUCUGGACGCCAAGAAGCGCAGAGAUAUGGACAAGCUACGGUGUCCGGUAUGCGACGAGAGCUUUCGGGAACGGCACCACCUGACGCGGCACAUGACGGCGCACCAAGACAAGGAGGGCGACCGACUGGACGACGAAGACGACGUGCCAUUGCAGCAGCACCAGCACCAGCAGCAACAGGGCGCCAAAUGA